CAAAACACACGCACAUACACAUACACACACCCGACACUGACCUAUUGACAUACGAGGUUGCUUCGAGAAAGCAGGGCGGGUGGCGUUUGUGCAAGCGAGACCUGUUCUUGGACCAGCGCAACACAUGGCAGUGACGACAACCGGCAGGGACUGGUGUGGUGUGAAGGUGGGGGUGGUCACUCUCGUUGCUUCUUCGCGAUCCCUCUCGCGUGCUUCUGCGGCUUCUUUGCCUUCGCUCACGGAUCGAACCUGUCGCCUGUCCCGACCAUUCACUGACAAGGCCACCAGGAGGUGUGCUUGGCUUUCUUCCCGCUCUUGUGGCAAAUUGCAAGAGUAACACACAACACAACACCUUUACUCGCAAACUAACUGAUUCAGACCUCCCUACCUCCCGCCUUCCUCCUCCUCCUCCUCAUACCCCUUUCUGUGAUCGCUCUCGCCUUGUCUCGCGCGCGCGUGUGUUUAGCUUGUGCUUGCGCACCACAAAUCGUUCCCCUCUUCCCCGUGUCAGCUGCUUGCUUCUUUCUCUCUUCAGAUCAGAUCGGCAGCGCCUCUAUCGCACACACACACUCUCUCUCCCUCUGCUAGGCAACACUAAGGACGCGCGCCAAUAGCCUGCCUGCCUGCCUGCAGAGCCAUUUCUCUUGCUUUGCUCCUUCCCUUUCAUUUUUUCACACCAAGAACGCAAUUUAGCAGCACCAGGGCCGCCGCUCUCUCCCGUGUCUCCCUUUCUUCACGGUCCACGGCCAACCCAAACCACCGCCUACUUCCAUCCUUCCUCGCCCCCGGCGCAAGUUGCCACCACUUCCAACCUUGCACCAUCGGACGACGUCAACGCCCACCCGAUCAUACCACACCCCGCCAUCACACCCACACACGCACGCCACACACGCACGCAGCUUGCGCUCUCCCCCUCUUCACCUUCCCUCACGCCUCCAAUAUCGCCAUCACCUCCCAAGAAAAGAAGAACAAGUGCAUGGCGGCGCCCACGCAGGCUCGGCAGUACUCCCAAGCCCUCGAGUCAUCGUCCAGUCACACACGUAUAUGAGCAUGUCCACGACGCCACCACAGCACCAGUCACUCGUGCCUGUGUCUGUGCCUGACCUCUCAUGGCGACAACAACAGCAGCAACAACAACAGCAUCAACAUCAACAGCAGCAGCAACAACACAAAAUACUGCAGCAACAGGGGCAACAGCAGAGCGUUGACGAUGUUCAGCCACCCGAUGCAGUGUCCAAGCCAGUGGUCACAAACUCAGCGACACCCUUGUCACCAGUGCCCUUGCGUGAGGAGCGCAUCAAGGUCCCCAUCGACAGCCGCGAUGCACACGCGCACACACGCCCUCGCCUGCCCUUGCUUCGUGCCAAUCCCACAACACUCAGUGCACGCCGCAACCCGUCAAAAACCGCCCGCAACAUUGACGCUCCCCCAACCGACCAAGCACCACCCGACCAACGACAACAACAACCGGCCCAGCAACAAGGCCGGGGCCAGGCACAACAGCGAGGCCAGCACAGCAACCACACCUCCACCACCUCAACAGAGGUCUCGGACGAGGAUGGCAGUGACACGCAGUCCCAACACAACAACGGCAGUGCUCUCACGGGCGGCCUGCCCAGCGAGGACACCCAGCUCGACGAUGAACGCGACGUGCUGUCGCUGCUCACACGCGCACGCACACGCGCGGAUGCCAUCGACAGCUCCCCUGCUGCACAGCAACUCAGCACAACCGCUGCGGCACCCACGCCCGCAAUGACAGCGGCAGCGGUGGGGACAGCGACACCGGCAACGAAGAAGAUGCGUGCUGCUGCUCUGGCACCACACACGCAGCAGCAGCACGCCCUGAACAAUGUCGAAAACAGCACGGUGAAUACGCACCAAACAAGCAUUCCCCGCAUCUCGACAAUGCCGCCACCUGCCCACACCCACCAGUCCAAGCAUGGCCAUCAUGGCCAUCAUGGCAGCUGCAAUCACCAACCACACCACCCCGUGCUUGUGGUGGUUACACCGCAGUCACACGCGCCCUUCACCGGCGUGCGCACGCCUCACAAGGCAGCAAUGCGUCUGCCAAUGGGCACACGAUCACUCCUCCGCUCACAUCUCUCCGCAGUGCCGCUGUCUCGGCGCCAGUGCCCGCCCUCGCCCCGCACAGUGCCGUCCACGCCACCAACACCGUCGUCCCCUCAAGCACCCCACCCUUCAACCAAAUCCCAGCAGCAGCAACAGAUGGAUGCGAGCACGACCUCUAGUGGGGUAGCGGGACCCCGUGAGCAGGGCACUCGCAAGGACACGCGUCGAACACAGACGGCAUCCCAUGAGCAGCAGAAGCAGAAGCAGCAGAAGCAGAAGAACAGUCUGCCCCAGCCACAACCAGAAACCACAGCACCUACCUUACGCGUACCAGCGAGGAUGCGCUCGCCAGCCCAAGUGACCGCAUCACCGACUGUGUCUCAACAACAACAACAACAACAACAACAACAACAACAACAACAACAACAACAACAACAACAACAACAACAACAACAACAACCCCAGUCGGCCACUUCUAAACAAGAGGACGUACGCUCGCCAACACCAGCGCCAGCACCACCUGUGCAAGUUCGCUCCCCGAUGGAUCUCUUGUUUGAGGCCAUCAAGCAGCAAGGCGAUGACGAUGACGAUGAUGGUGACGACGACAACGGCGAAGAUGAUGGUAGCGGUCGUCAGCGACGAGGUGGUUUGCACAGCAGACGGCGGAAGCUCGGCCCAGAGUUUGCGCAAGAGGUGAAGGCGAAGGAGGAGGUGGACGAAGAAAACGUGAGGAAUGAACUGGAUCGCGGUGGAAGAAGGACAGCCCAGCCAUCAGCGGUAAGGGGCUUGGGCCACAGAAUUGCACCCCGCGGUGGGGGCGGUGCGAUGGCGCCCUUGCAGAUGGACGCAGCGGCAGACGACGGUGACGUGACGACCGGGGAUGAAAGCUGGACAGACCAUGGCGGCGGAUACACGAGCAGCCAAGACGUGGGCAGCAUGCUCAGCCACGACGCACACGCAUCUGCGCUCUCCCGCACCUCUACCGUGACAUCACCGACUCCGUCAGCAGACAACACCGCACACGCCCAGCACGGCCGCUCGGGCAACAGCAGGCGGCGGUCCCGGCGGCGUAUGGGCGAGCUGCCCCAGGACCAGCAGCAGAGGAUGCGUGAAUUAAACCGCAAGGCGGCACAGCGGCACCGGCAGCUGCUGCGGAAGCGAAAACAGGGCAUGCAGCAUUGCAUGCAGGCUGUUGCCCAGCGCAAUGCAGAGCUGAAGGUGCAAGCGCGCAUGCUUGCGUCGGAGCUGAAACGGCAAUUUGCGCUGCUGUGUCACCUCAACUCCACGGGCCAGCUACGAACGGGCCUGAAGCGGGCAGCGAAGAUCCGCGAGAGGAGGAGGAGGCAGCAGCAGUCGGCCGCUAGCGAUGGCGAGCGGGAGGGCGGGGGUGAUGGGGAUGUGAAGGAUGUGGAGCGGCUGGACGAUGCUGGUAGUGAUGAUGAUGAUGAUGAUGAUGAUGAUGAUGAUGAUGAUGAUGAUGAUGAUGAUGAUGAUGAUGAUGAUGAUGAUGAUGAUGAUGAUGAUGAUGCGAAAAGUGAGCCGCCAAAGGCCAAGACGGGGCGGCGGAAGCGGAAAGCGAGCGCAACGCCGGCACAGGAGCAGGCGCAGCAACGCGAGGGACACAGCGGGGGAAGACAGGGACAGACGACUGAAGCACGUGACGCAGGCAGUGGCGUGGGAGAUGUUGAUGGUGGUCGUGGUGGUCGUGGUGGUCGUGGUGUCAAUCGGGUAGAACGGGGAGCAGAAGGAAAAGCCGGUGGUGACAUGGUCACUGCCAAAGAAGCGAGCUCACUCGCCCAAGGAGAAAGGCAGAUUGAGAAGAAGACGGAGAAGAAGGCAAACGCGAACGAAGAAGUUGAGGAAAAGAACCGAAAGGAGGGCAAGGGGCGGGCUGCACACCGACAGCACGACGAGAGCCCGCGUCGGCGCAGAGGCAAGGCGGCAGGACCUUCGUCAGCAGCGACACACACGCGUCGCCACCGCCACGCAUCGCCACAGGCGGAGCGGAGCAUGGCGCGAACACUGGCAUGGGUCCAACAGCAAGCACAGCAGCAGCAGCAGCAGGAAAAUGAGCGGCAAGAGCAGAUGGCGCGGGGCGGUGAUAACACGGGCAUAACGUUUGCCUCAACACCGACCGGUUGGCCGAUGGGCGCUUUUCAAGGCUUGCCUGCAGUAGCAACGACAACGCCACCAACAGCAACAGCAACGACGGGGUUAACAAUAACACCGACAACGGCAGCACUGACGAGCGCAUCAGCACCAGUGACACCGUUUGCCACGUACGCGCCCACGAUGGCCAUGGUGGGCUCUUCCCCUUCGCUGCCGUCUGCGUCGUUUCUUCCUGGCGGAGCGCUGGCAAUGCCAUACGUUCUUCCCACAUAUGCAGGCGGAUAUGACCCCACGGCGAUGCCAGUGCCGCCAUACUUGUACGCGUACCAGCUGCCGCUGCAGAACGCCAUGCUCAUGCAGCCCACACCCGAGACACAGCAGGGCCAGCAGAUGCAGACACCGCCAGGGCCCGCUCCACCAGCAACACCCCAGUCCUCGACAGCAGGGAUUGCGGCUGGCAGUAGCAGUACCACGGCACCGCCACCGUUCAUGUUCAUGCCUGCAGGCAGCUUCACGCCAAGCACAACUGCGGCCAUGAACCCUCUGGCAUAUGUUCCGUUCCAAGUGUCCACCGCACUUGGCCUUCCGAUGCCAUCACACUCAUCGCUGUUCUCGCCUGCAACGACACUGGCGCCUGCUCCUACUACAACAACAGCCACCACCGCCACAGCCAUAUCGGCGACCCCGCGGCCCUGUGACGGUGUACCACCAACGACGUUCCCAUCCAGCCAGCCCUCGCAGCCCCCACCGUCUCAGUCGACAGCGGGCUUCUCCACCACGCCGCCGCACAGUGGCGCUGUGAUCACAUCCCACUAUCCACCGGCACCCUCGCAGGCAGGCCCUUACACGAGCCGUGCGCCGCGCGGAUACCAGCGACUGCCUUCGCAAUAUCCGCCUGCAGGCGCCGUCAUUGUCCGCACAGACUACGCGAGGCGGAGACGAGCCAUCAUUCGCUUCACAUGUUUCUUCAUCUUCCUCAUCGCCCUCUUCUUCAUCAUCUACUACAACAUUGUCUGA